AUGACGACACUAUUCCUCCCUCCACCAAGUCUUCUCCCUUCAGCGGCGGCCUCGCAGCUCGAUGUCUCCAACGCGCUCCCAACAUACACUCGUACCACCGAGAACGACUGGGACGUGCCCGACCCGACACAGGAGCACCAGUUCUUCCUCACCCUCAAGAAGACCGGCGUGCGGUGGCUCACGCUGAGCUUGCAAAGCCGCGCGACGAGCGCAGAUAACACGCCUGUCUUCUACCAGACCGGAGAGAUUAAGGGGACUGUGACAAUGGAGCUGGACAAGGAGGAGCUCAUGGAUGAUGUUACGCUCUCUCUGUACGGAAGACUGACUGUCUACACGCGCACAGCGACGAUGCCAUCUAAUUUCCUCUUCAUGACUCGCAAGCUCUACUCCGCCGUCGAAGACACCACCGUUCCUUCAAUUAAGCGUGGGCGCCUGCGGGGGACAUACAAAUGGCCGUUUUCUUUUCACCUGCCGAAGGGCGUCAACAUCCUCAUGUCAUCCGCAGUCCUGGGCGUGGAUGGGGAGAAGGAGCGCUAUCGCCUUCCUCCGACAUUUUCGGACGAAGACGCAGGAGUGAAUAUUGAGUACAUGCUCAGCUUCCGUGCAAACCGGGGAGGCUUCAAACCGAGCAGCAAAUUGGUGGUUCCUUUCAAUUACGUGCCUCUCGCGAGACCUGGUCCAGCCUCAAUCCUGCAACAGCUCGCUUACCAACAGAACGUGCCCCUCGUCGGACCUUCCGGCGACCCAGAUGCGUGGAGGACACUUGACCCUGUAACGCUCGAGGGUACCCUCUUCAAGACGAUUGCCGUCUCCGCGUGUUUCACUCUUUCUCUCACUAAACCACUCAUGUACACACGCGGCGCGCCGCUCCACAUCCACCUCACCGUCUGUUCUGCUAACGAGCAGUUCCUCGACCUGCUCUCACUGGACUCGCUCCACGUUGCCCUCGUACAGGAGCUGCAUUUUGGAGACAACGUCGCGUUUUGGCCGCGGUUCUCCCAGCGCCUCGCUCCACAGCAUUUUGUUAAGCCGUACGAGCGCGCGCGAGCGACGUGGUGGCACGAUACGCUCAAAAUGUCAGCCACCACGCUCACGGUAGCCUCUUCCGUAUCGGCGCAGCAACCUCCCGCAUUUUCAGAGGUCGACGCCCGGAACACGCGGUCAUUCAUGGGCGAAAUGCAGGUGCCGGGAGGCUUGGCGCCCGCGUGCGAGAUCCUGCAUUAUUCGCAUAAGUAUCAUGUUGCGCUUUAUCCGCCCGACGCGGUUGGCUUCGUGCCCAGCACUCCCAGGAAGAAGGCGCUGGUGGAGGAAGAGGUUGGGAUUGUGACCUCGUUCGCGCAGGGCCCGAAGCCGUGUUCCUACCUUUCGCCGCAGUACGAUGCUCCGGAGGAUUGA